AUGGCAAAGACUAAACGAGAAACUGGUUCUGGAAGCACUCAACCUCCAGCGAGGAAAAAGACCACCAAACCCCGACCUUUGACGAAACGAACUACUAGGCGGACUACCUCCGAGGAAACUUCUAUCAAAGUUACCGAAGAGCCAAUCGUGACCAUUCAGACGGAGCAAAAAGGGCUGGAAGAUGUUCCUGCCAUGGAAGAGCAUGAGGUUGAGAAAGAAACCUCAGAAGAGAUGAUCGAGGCACCGGAAAAGCCAGUUGAGGAAGAACAGCCCGCACCUACCCCAUCGAUAAAGAAGCCGAGAAAAACUCUGAAGAAAUCAACCCCCGCUCAAGCUGCCAAGGAGCGGGAAGUCACUCCAGUACUCCCUGCACCACUGAAACCUGCGCCAUCUUUUGAAGAAGGAAAGACGACGACGGAGUCCGAGGAAGGAGAAGAAGAAGGAGAGGAGGCCACCCACGAGACAGAAGUGGAGGCUUCCACACCCCAGAGCAAGGUGGUGAAAAUCGGAGCAAAGAGAAAGUUGGAUGUCACCAAGCCUCAUCUGCCCACGAAAACCAAACCGGCGGCAGCCGAAAGUAAGACGAAGGGCAAGGAAGUUCAGAGCAAGGCUAAGAAAGCAACUCCCGCUGAAAAGGGAAAGGGCAAGCAAGACGAGGAAGAUCCAGAGAGGACUGAAACUGUGGAAAGCUCUAAGUCGGAUGAAGUUUUGGCGCCAAAGAAACCCACCUCCACUCUGGAGGAGUUGGGGAUAAAAGAGAGAGUGGAAGGCUAUUUUGAUGGGAUAGGUUGGAAGAAGGUAUUGGAGUGGAACCCGAAGGCAUUCCAGAAGCUGACGGAGGAAUUCAUGGGCACUGUUGAAUUUAAGCCCAAAAGAAACUACAUGAUUGAGACCCCGGGUACUUUGCGAUUCCAGUUGCGAAGUAGGAUGUUCCCACUUUCGAUCAAUGAGCUGAACAUCCACCUCAGGGUGAUUGAAGCUAGGAAUAUUUAUGAAGAAGAGUACAAGCAAGUAGAAACUAUAGCCUAA